GCCUGUGCUCGGUCACUUCAUCAGCUGUGUUGACUUUCUGCGAUGCCUCUCGCUGUUUUCGCGAGUGUGGUUGCUUAUAGUGUCCGCAACUGACACGAUGGAUCGUCUAUGACAAACUAAAGGUCGUAGGAUGGUGAAAUGAGACUCUCUUAAGAACUCCUUCCGUGUGGACGGAAGGCUCCAAGGGUCUUCCGCGCGCACAUGCGCGAUGGGCAACCAACUCGCGGGUAUCGCCCCAUCGCAGAUCUACCCGGUGGAACACUACCUGACCGAGUUACCGGACUUCACUUUCGAAAAAAAUUUGGGUAGCACAAGGUUCUUCAAAGUUGCCCGUGUGAAAAGCAAGGAGGGCCUUGCCAUAGUGAAGGUCUUUGCGAUUCAUGAUCCUUCCCUGCCACUUGCUCCCCACAAGGAGACACUUGAAAGGAUUCGGCGAGUUUUGUUGGCUGUUCCAAACACACUUCCUUUUCAGAAAGUUGUCGAAAACGACAAGGCUGGCCUACUGGUUCGUCAGUUUAUCAAGGAUAACCUGUACGACCGCAUCAGCACGCGUCCGUUUCUGAACUCCAUUGAGAAGCGUUGGAUAGCAUUCCAGCUUCUUCAUGCUUUAGGCGAGGCUCAUAAACUUGGGAUAUGCCAUGGGGACAUCAAGCUGGAAAACAUCAUGGUAACAGGGUGGUACUGGGUUCUUCUGACAGACUUUGCCAGCUUCAAGCCCACGUACUUGCCAGAAGACAACCCGGCGGAUUUUUCAUACUUCUUUGACACAUCUCGAAGAAGGACGUGCAACAUUGCGCCGGAGCGCUUCGUCAAGACCCUCAAUCCCGACUCGAGCCACUAUUUACCCGAGGAAGGCAUUGGCACAGGCGAACUGACUCCAGCGAUGGACAUCUUCUCAUUAGGUUGUGUCCUCACUGAGCUCUUCACUGAGGGGCAUCCUCCAUUCUACUUCUCCCAGCUGCUUUCAUAUCGAAGCGGAGAGUACAGCCCGGACAAAAUACUAGAGAAAAUUGAUGACGUCGACCUUCGGGAGAUGAUCCAGCACAUGUUGCAGAAAGACCCGAGCCAGCGGCUAUCGGCCGAACAGUACUUGGACCAGCAGAGGGACCGAGUGUUUCCGCAGUAUUUCUACACAUUCCUAGGGGACUACAUCAAGGAGUUCGCCACGCUCUCCCUAUCACCUGACGAGAAAGUUGCCAGGCUACGGCAAGACAUCCAUGCCAUCCUGUACUCACUCGUGCUGCCUAAAGGGGCACAGUCGGGCGGAACUUCAGUCGGCUGCGAGGGCGACCAUGUUCCACCGUCCAUGCUGUCGCCGCCCCCAGCCGGAUCCGAUGGUCUCUGCAUUGUUGUGGCUGUUCUCACUUCCUGCCUGCGUAGCCUCAAGCACUGCUCAGCCAAGCUCCAGGCACUCGAGCUCAUUUGUGAACUCUGCCCUAGACUGAGUAGCGACGUCAUCCUCGACCGGCUGCUUCCGUACAUGCUGUACCUCAUCAACGACAAGUACCCGAGAGUUCGUGCUGCAGCGGUAGAGACACUGACAACCUGCCUGACUCCAAUUGACUCUCUCCCUAGGAGUGAUGCUAACGUGUUUCCAGAGUACAUCUUACCAAACUUGAUGCACGUCACUUUGGACAGUGCCGUCAUCGUUCGGAUGUCGCUUGCAGAAAACAUUGCACUCCUGGCUGAGACUGCCCUCAGGUUUCUGGACCUGAGCACUCAGCACGAGGUGUCCUCUCCAGAUGGCACGAAUGUAGAGCCGACUGUGCAGGCGCAACAUCACCACCAGGGUUCGUACGAUUGCGAGCUUCAGGCCCUCCAGCAAAUGGUUCAGCAGAUGGUGUCCACUUUGCUGACCGACUCCAACAAUAUAGUCAAGCAAAUGCUUCUGGAGAAAGGGAUCACACGGCUGUGCUUGUUCUUUGGCCGGCAAAAAGCAAACGAUGUCCUGCUGUCUCAUAUGAUCACAUUUUUGAAUGACAAGGAGGACCGUCAUUUGAGAGCUUCGUUUUUCGACAGUAUUGUUGGGGUUGCAGCUUAUGUUGGAUGGCAGUGCUCACCCAUUUUGAAACCUCUUUUACAACAGGGUCUUGCGGACACCGAGGAGUUCAUCAUCAGCAAAGCUCUCAAGGCUCUUACCGAACUUGCCGAAAUGGGACUCUUCAGAAAGCAAAUGCUUUACGAGCUCACGGCUGAGACCAUUCCUCUUCUCUAUCAUCCUAAUCUCUGGAUCCGGCAGAACACAGUUGGCUUCGUGUGUGCGGUCACGAAAACCUUGUCGCUUGCUGACACCCAGUGCAAGUUGAGGCCCAUGCUUCAGCCGUACCUCAAGCGUUCAGUCGUUGAAAUGGACAAAGAGGUGGCCAUGUUGAAUGCUCUUCAAGAUCCCCUCCCCCGUAGCCUUUACGACUACUUGGUGAAGUUGGACACUCUGCCCAGUCUCUUGGAGGACUUGCGCCGUCGACAGGUCAUGCGAUCCAUAGUCAGGGGAAAGCACCAGCCGCCUUUAUCUGACGUGGACCACCAGCUCAAAUCGGUUUACAGGAGACUUCAGUCAGAUGGUGUGACGGAGGCCAUGGAAGACAAGAUUGUGGCAAUGAAGGAGCACCUCGCUAAGAUACACAAAUAUAAAAAAAGUGCUUCAGAGUCUGAAAAUGUGGACGCAAAGCUUCGAGGUGGUGAGAUCGACCUGGAGAAACUCUACAUGUCAAACAGAUGCCAUAGCACAGACCUGCUCACACUCAAAAUUGGCGAUGAGCCUUCGCAGGCUCUCCUGCACAGCAGAUCUUACAGAAAGAAGGGACCACCCAUUGAAUCUCCCCAAGUCACCAUGAACGAAGACUGGCAACGGAUGUUUGGCAAGAUUGAACUGCGGGAGCAGUCUCCCCUGAAACAGUCACAGCAACCACCACUGCAGCAUUCACCGGCCGGCGAUGGUGACCCAAAUAUGGAGCUUCACGUUUCGGGGGCCGAGUCGGCCGAGUCUGCAGCCCCGUCUGAAAACACUUCUCCAAAGCAGCCACAGAAAAUCUUCACCGGCAUCACCAUAGACACGGCCACAGUUCACUGCCUGUCUUGCCAAGCGGAGUUGCAGCUUCUUCUGAACAAGAAGCGGACGGAGUUUGCCCGGGAACAGACGGUGAGAGAGGCCAUUGACGACCCGGCGCGGGAAGAUCGGCCCUUGCCCCCAAAGUGGAGACCACGCGGAACUCUGGUGGCCCACAUGCACGAGCAUAAGGGGGCUAUUCACAGGCUGCAGGUGAUCCCGAAUACGAGCCUGUUUGCCACAUGCUCGGCCGAUGGUCUGGUCAAGAUAUGGGACUGGGGCCGCAUGGAGAAGAAGGCCAUCGCUAACCGGUCUCGCCAGACUUACGCCAGGAUGGAUGGACAGGUUACAUGCAUGACAGUGUGCCAAAGCAUGCAGUCCUUGGCUGUUGCCUCAGAUGCAGGCACAAUUCAAGUGUUUAGAGUGGAGGUCAACAGCAAUAAGACGAGCCCACUGAAGACCCGCUCCUUAGACCCACAUGAGGAUGGCUGUGUUGUGGACCUGCAGCAUUUUGACACAGGAUUGCAAUCUGUGCUUGUCUAUGCCACAGUGUAUGGCUCGAUCAUAGGUUGGGAUCUGCGGUCACCUAGCACGGCAUGGUGCUUUGAAAACAACCCUAGGCAUGGCGUGAUUACGUCUUUUUGCAUUGACCCUCAGCACAACUGGCUCGCGUGUGGUACCUCCGAGGGAAAGCUCAUUUGCUGGGACAUGCGAUUCCAGCUGCCCAGCACCACUGUCAGCCACCCUGCUGGUGCUCGUGUUCGUCGGGUAAGCAUCGACCCGUUGUACCAGUCCUGUGUCUGGGCUGCCGUCGAGGGCAACAACGAGGUCUCACUUUGGGACCUGGAGACACAGGCUCGGCUGCGCACACUUUGGGCAAGCAUGUCUCCACCACUCAGUGAAAAACAGGCAUCCUCAUCUGCACCUGUGAACUCUGUGUACAGCAUGUACAUCAGUCCCCUUGAAUGUGGGCCGUUUAUGCUGACAGCUGGCUCGGACAUGCGAAUCCGCCUCUGGGACAUCAACAACCCACUGGCAUCGCACGUCGUGGCAGGUUCGGCCACGGAUACCUUGACGCCAUCCUUCAGCUACAAGUCGAGUCUCAUAGACGGGACAAAAGUGAUCCAGGAGGUGCACAGCAGUCGUCCGAGAAAGGAUCAGCCCAGCUCGGAGCAACCCAAGCGUUAUCCCGAACAGCCACCGACCGGCCACAAUGACUGCAUCAGCGACAUCGGCAUUGUACAGACGAGCCAAACGUUCAUAGUAUCCGCAUCCAAGAACGGCGUUGUCAAAGUGUGGAAGUGACUGCACUGCGUGCAUUAGGCAGAGAGGCAACCUUCCUUCCGUCUUGUGUGUGCAAAGCUUGUGUGUGAAUGGAGCUGUCACAGCAUCAUAGUGCAGGGGAGGUUCCAUGUGCUGGGUUGUCGUAGUAAGUUGUUCUGGUGUGCUUUAAGUUAUUCACUGUUUGCUGCGGAAGCACACUUGUUCAUUCGAGACUGUUGAGCGCACCUCGCUUGUAACGGCAAGGCAUGUAAUGACGUGGGUUUCAGAGACCUCUCAUGUCUCAAGGCAAGUGUGUGUUGAACAGACAUAAUAUCCGUGAUACCCGUGUGUGUAGGGCGAAUUGAAUGACAUGAGUAGAUUCCCAAGGAUUCAACCACAAUGUCACUUGUGAGCUGCUACGUUGACUAGUUUUUUUUUUUUUUUUUUUUUUGCCAAAGCAAAAGUCUGCACAUUGCUGUACAAGUGCUGAGCAUAUUGCUCGUAUUAGCCAACAUAUAUGUAUAUCUAGACACAAAAUGCUUUUCGUAAGCUAAAAUUCAUGCAUGAAACACUCCUAUUGAUAUUUAGAAAUGUUGCAUUUGUAACUGAGCAGCAAUCAAUUUUGAAAGCCGUGAUUGCUGUCGCCACAUUGACGACAGCAUGCAUUGUCGUGCCAUUCAUUUAGGUUAUAUGCGCACAUGAGAGCAGUUGAUACGAUAGGCAAUGAAUGCUAUUAUUGUCAGAGUGCAUGUGAUACAGGGGUAGUAAAUGAAAAACUUGGAGAGUGUUUGCAGUUAUGAAUGAUAUCUACAAACCACAACUGUGUACAUACGUAUAAACUUUAUUUUACAGUUUGAAAACUAGAACUCUGUACAUUUUAUUUUAAACUGAACUGCCUUGAAAGUAUUACGGUUAAUGAAAAGAGCAUCUCAGCCCAAAAACAAAUGUUAUUUAAAGCAUGAAUGGUUACUUUCUGUAUGUUUGAACCUGCCUGUGAAGUCUUCCUGGCUUUUGAUUGCCCGUCUGUGUGGGUCCCUCGAAUUUAGCCAUUUUAAUUUGAAAAAAAAAAAGGAAACCGAUAAGCAGACAGAUAUACGUGGAAUCAUUUAGUAAAAUGCCUUUAUUGUACUUCGGCUCCCCAAACAUUCUUUUUCCCAACGCUUUCACAGUAACAUUAAUUACAUUCUUCACGCACAUGGUGCUUCCUACGCUGUCUCCAUGUACUAUUCUUAUAAAGUUGUGACAUUAAAAGAAACAUUUGUUCCCAAGUUUGAAAAAAAAAA